AACCCAGCAGGUGGAGCAAGGCCCGGAGCAGCGAAGAACAACACAGGGCUGCGCUGCGAAGGCUGGAGGAAACCGUCUCCCAUGGAGACGCUCUCAGGGCUUGCCAGCAGGCUGAAGAGAUGAAACGUCACCAGGAGCUGGAGAACAAGGCAGCAGCUCUGAGGAGAGAGCUGGACAUCCAGAGAGUCUCAGUUCGACAGCACAAAGACAAAAUCCAGCAGCUACAUGAACUGUUGGCAUCCAGAGAGCAGGAGCACAGAAAACAGCUGGAGCUGCGGUUACAGCCCGGCGGGGCAGAUUUCCAGCAGGCAGUGUCAAAGGAAGUAGCAGCAGUGGAACAGAGACAUAAGCAGAGGGAGGCGGAACUGCAGGAGAAGCUGUCAGAGGGAAGGAAACAGUACGCUGCUCUUGAGGAUGAGUUCCGCAUGGCGCUAACCAUUGAGGCGACCCGCUUCUCUGAGGUGAAAGAUGCUUGUGAUCAUAUGACUGCAGAGCUGAUGGAGCUUAAGGCGACCCUUGCUCAGUCCCAGCAAAGAGAGAGGAAAUCAGGCCCUCUGGUGCAGGAACUCACCGCUAUGGUCAAAGAACAGAAAACCCGAAUCUCUGGGCUCAUCAAAGCCAAGAAAGAUGCUGUCACAGAGCUCAAGAACCAUGUGCAUUCCCUUGAAGCAGAGGUGGAGCAAAGCCAGCGUUUAGGGCUGCAGCUCGAGAUGCUUAAGAAAGAAAAGGCACGACUCGUGUCUCAGCUCACGGCUCAGGAGUCGAUCAUUGAGGGCCUCAGGGCUGAGAGGAGGAUCUGGGGCCAGGAGCUCGCUCAGCAGGGUGCAUCAUUGGCUCAGGAUCGUGGCCGUUUGGAGGCCAGGAUAGAGGUGCUGACUGCUGAGCUGGAGACUCAGAGAAAACAGAACGACAGAGACCACGAUGCCCUUAGAAUCAAAACCAAAAUCAUGGAUGACCAGACUGAGACCAUUCGCAAACUGAAAGAGUCCUUGCAGGAACGUGACAAUCUGAUCCGCAGCAUGAAGGAGGACGCUGUGCAGACCCAAAAAAAGUUUCAGCAGCAGCUGGAGGAUGAAACAGGCCAGCAGGCUGAGCUGAAGGACCAGCUGGCACAUCUUAGCCUGCGUAAAGAGGAGCUGAAACAGCAGCUGGAAGACAAGGAAGCAGAGCUUGAGGAUGUCAAAAGGGUUUAUAGUGACUCAAAUAAGAAGUGGCAGGAGAAAGCAGAGCUGCUAACUCGUCUUGAAAGCCAAGUGAAGCGUAUGAAGGAAAAUUUUGACUCCAAGGAGCGCCUGCUGCUGGAAGAAAGAGACAAAGCAUCAGAAGCACACAAAGCUGCAGUUGACAAGUUGCGCUGUGUGGAUGAUGCUUUUCGUCGACAACUGGAGUCUGUCCAGGCUGCGCAUCAAGCUGAGCUGCUGCAGCAGGCUAAUGAAAAGGAAAAACGCAUAGAACAGGCCAAUUUAAAGGUAUAUGAGGUAGAGGAGGAGAUGCGUCAACUCCUGGAGGAGACGGAGGCUAACAAGAGAGUCAUGGAGGAAAAAAUGAAGCGCCUUACCAAUGUCCUAAAAGACUUUAACACAUAAAAUAUUGAUAUGACCACUUUUUAUUCUAAAUUUAUUUUUACAUGUAAAUGUUUUUGUAUAUCUUAAUAAAGUCUUCAUUGUCUUUUAUACGGUUUGUAAAAAAAAUUGUUUUAAGUAACAAUAGUAUAUAGGACAACGGUUUGAUUUAAACUUUGUUUUAUUGUUGCAAUUCUGUUCAUUCAUAUAACACCAUUUUACAACAAAUGCUACUAGAGGAAACUGAAACAACAUCACAUGUUCCAGAAUCAACUGAAGACAUCCCAGGCCCAAGUGAUGCAAAGUUGCCAAAGAGAACCCUCGGAAGCUUUUUUUAAGAGGGUAACAAUAAGUGACGUAUUGGUACCAUCUCCCAGAGAGAAAAUUGCGGCAGAGUUAAACAGCCUGGAUUGUCCUUCAGCCGAUAGUGAGAGUGGUCCCCUCACUUGAGGGCUUUUUUCUAGAUGACCAAGCCCAAUUCAUAUAUUCAGUUAUAUAGUUUGGUCCAAAUUCACUUCAAAUCAAUGUAUUUUUGUACAGUACAAUCCAGUUAUAUUGUUGAACUUUUUAUUGACUAUUAUUAUAUGGCUAUAAAAGAAUGUGCCCUGGUAAAAUGAAACACAAUUUUUCUUGGCAUAUAUGCAAAACAUUUUGUGUGGUGUGUAAUAUAUAUGUAAAUACGUAUUAAAGAUAAAAAAUAUUUCUAA